AGACGCCCCCGCCCCGCCUUCCCGGGGAGCCCCCUUCGGAGACGUCGCCCCGCCCCUCCCCUUCCUUCCCGGGAGCCCCUUCCCCAGGCUGUCCGCAGGAGCCUCGGCUCUGGUCCCGAGGCCGUAGCUCUCCCCGCAAACCUCCCAGCCCUCCCCCGAAGUCCCCCCUGAUAGGGAAUCCCGGCGCUCCUCCAGUCUCCCUGCAGAGACUCUCCUUUCCCUCUUGUCUCCUCAAAGACCUGCCCCUUUGUCCUAGACUGAGAGCUCACCCCCUUUACACACACUCACUCUCUCUCUCUCUCACUCACACUCACUCUCCACCCCCUCCCCACUCGCCCAUACUCCACUCCCUAGGCUCGUCAGAUACACCCCGCUCCUCCUUUCCCAAAAGAAUUGGGAAAUCCCUUUUAACUGUCCUCAGGGACUUGCCCUCUCCUUCCCGAGCUGUCAUCAGAAUCCCAUCCCAAAACCCAGAAACCUGCUUCUUCACUUUUCACAGGCUCCUCCAUCUCUUCAAAGAUUCCCCUUUUCUCACAGGAAUCCCUCCUUUCUCUACUGACGUUUUUCGCAGAUUUCCAUCCCCUCCCCAAAACAAAACAAAACAAAACACUUCAGCUUGGGGAAUUUCUCCUUUUCUAACAAGGACAGCCUUCUCUCAUAGAUCCUUCCUUAGUGGGGAAUCUCAAGAUACCCGCUUCUAAAUCAGCUUUAAGAGGGACCCUUUCCUCCUAGGGUUUUUACUCUCCAAAUCCAACAUCUUUUUUUCAUUUCUUUCCUUUAAUUGAGGGAUUUUCUAAGAGACCUGAGUUGCAUCUAUCAUGUAGAGAACCCUUCUCACUCCACCUCCUAUAGAGAACCUAGCCUUUCCCAGGGACUUCUCUAGGUCUGCCCUCCUGGGGCUUAAGAUUUUUUGUGGGGAUCCUCUUUAGAGAUCAUUCCCUCACAAUUCUUCCUUCCCCGUCACCUAUCAGGUGCUUUCAAGGGAACCUUUGAACUCCUAUCAGGGGUUUCUUGAUUCUAGUCCCUUCUUCUGGCCCCAGUGUUCACCUCAUAGGGUCCAGUUCCCAGCCGGCUCAGGCCUGGCCCCCACCUGCCCUCCCGCAUGCAGCCCCGAGCUCUCUCGAAGCCCCCUGCCUCCCAGUCCCUCCUCAGAGGCUGCCCAGGGCCCCUGUGCCCAAGGCAGUGCCAUCGCCAGACCUUGCUGAUCCUGGCCUGGCCUCACCUUCCUGCUCCCCGAUAAGAGAGGCCAGGGGCUCCUGCUUGUUGCCCCCAGCUCCUAUCCUGUGCCUCUUUCCCGAUGCCUCCUGCCCAGACCUGCAUGGUUUUGGCUCCUGUAAUCCUUGUCUAGGGGCCCCUUGACCUAAGCCUCUUUGACUUUCCCUUGUCUGCCGGAGUCCCCCCUUUUCUCUUCCAUCUUCUCCAUCCUGGGGGAGAGGAACCUUCCUGAGCACCAUGCUGAAGUGCAUCCCCUUGUGGCGGUGUAACCGGCAUGUGGAGUCAGUGGACAAGCGACACUGCUCACUGCAGGCUGUUCCAGAAGAGAUCUAUCGCUACAGCCGCAGCCUGGAGGAGCUGCUGCUUGAUGCCAACCAGCUGAGGGAGCUACCUAAGCCUUUCUUCCGCUUGCUGAAUCUUAGAAAAUUGGGCCUGAGUGACAAUGAGAUUCAGAGGCUGCCACCUGAGGUGGCUAACUUCAUGCAGCUGGUGGAGCUUGAUGUCUCCCGAAAUGAUAUCCCUGAGAUUCCUGAGAGCAUCAAGUUUUGCAAAGCCCUGGAGAUUGCAGACUUCAGUGGGAACCCCCUGUCCAGGCUCCCUGAUGGCUUCACCCAGUUGCGCAGCUUAGCUCAUCUUGCCCUGAAUGAUGUGUCUCUGCAGGUGCUGCCAGGAGAUGUGGGCAAUUUGGCUAACUUGGUGACUUUAGAGCUACGGGAGAACCUGUUAAAGUCCCUUCCCACGUCCCUGUCCUUCCUUGUCAAACUAGAACAGUUGGAUCUAGGUGGCAAUGACUUGGAAGUGCUGCCAGACACUCUGGGGGCACUUCCUAAUUUGCGAGAGCUGUGGCUGGACCGAAAUCAGCUGUCUACACUGCCUCCGGAGUUGGGGAACCUUCGACGCUUGGUGUGCCUGGAUGUGUCUGAAAACAAACUAGAGCAGCUGCCAGCUGAGGUCAGUGGGCUGACCCUGCUCACGGACCUGUUACUGUCUCAGAACCUGCUGGAGCGCCUCCCAGAUGGCAUUGGUCAAUUGAAACAGCUGUCCAUUCUGAAAGUGGAUCAGAAUCGGCUUUGUGAGGUUACUGAGGCCAUUGGAGAGUGUGAGAACUUAUCAGAGCUCAUUCUCACUGAGAACAUGCUGACGGCACUUCCCCGGUCCUUGGGGAAGCUAACCAAACUGACUAACCUGAAUGUGGACCGAAACCGGUUAGGAACACUCCCUGCCGAGGUUGGCGGCUGUACCAGUCUGAAUGUGCUUUCCCUUCGUGACAACCGCUUGGCCUCUCUGCCCCCUGAACUGGCUGGCACCACUGAGCUACAUGUGCUGGAUGUGGCAGGGAACCGGCUGCAGAGUUUGCCCUUCGCCCUCACCCACCUCAACUUGAAGGCCCUGUGGCUGGCAGAGAACCAGGCUCAGCCCAUGCUCAAGUUCCAAACAGAGGAUGAUCAGAAGACUGGGGAGAAGGUGCUCACCUGCUACUUGUUGCCCCAGCAGCCCUCACCUAGCCUUGACACUCUGCUGCAAAGCAGCCUGGAUGAGAGCUGGAGUGGCAGCCACAGUCAUGUGAACCGGGUCAGUGUGAUCCAAUUCUUGGAGGAGCCCAUGGGUAUGGAGGAUGAGGAGCCUGGGGCAGAGAAGAGGGGUCUGCAGCGAAGAGCUACUCCUCACCCCAGCGAGUUGAAGGUUAUGAAGAAAGUGAUCGAGGAUCGACGUAAUGAGGCCUACAUGGCAAAGCCUGAUUCAGAGCAGAUGUUACCCACUGAAGAGGAAAAGAGGCUGAGCUCUCAGUCCCACCAGAGCAUGGAUUCACAUGUGUCCACCAGCACAGCCUCAGCAGGCAUCCUGGAAGAGGAAGGAGAGGCGGAGCAGAAGCAGGGGCAAACAUCAGAAAGGGAGACAAGUCACAGAGCCAGUGAGGAGGAGGUGGAAAUUAUGGCAGCUGGCCAUGAGGAGGAAGUGGAGGAGGAAUAUGAUGAGCCCACCGUGCACUUUGCAGAGGACACACUGGUACGGAGCGAAGAUGAGGAUGAAGCCGAAGAACUGCGGCCCCCACCUGGGGAAAGGCAAAGACUGAUCCGGAAAGAUACUCCCCAUUACAAGAAGCACUUUAAAAUCACCAAGCUGCCCAGGCCUGAGGCUGUGGUGGCCUUGCUUCAGGGGCUGUCAGGGGAUGGAGAUGGGGAGCUAGCCCCAACAGGCUGUAGCAAUGGCCCCCAUGCUCCACAUGAGCAACGGCCUCUCCCUUGGAGCCAGCAUGCUGAAAUGAACAAGGAAGAGGACAAUGAACCUGAUGAAGAGAAGAAUGGGGCAGUGGCUGCCCCACCUUCUGUCAAGGGGGUGUCGUUUGACCAGGCCAAUAACCUGCUGAUAGAGCCUGCUCGCAUUGAGGAGGAAGAGCUGACACUAACAAUCCUGCGGCAGACAGGUGGCCUGGGGAUCAGCAUCGCAGGGGGGAAGGGCUCCACCCCAUACAAGGGAGACGACGAGGGCAUAUUCAUCUCUCGAGUGUCAGAGGAAGGUCCUGCAGCCCGGGCUGGGGUUCGAGUAGGGGACAAACUACUAGAGGUGAAUGGUGUAACCCUACAAGGGGCUGAGCACCAUGAGGCUGUAGAGGCACUUCGGGGUGCAGGCGGGGCAGUAUUGAUGAGAGUCUGGCGGGAACGGAUGGUGGAGCCAGAGAAUGCAAUCACAGUCACUCCUUUGCGUCCUGAGGAUGACUACAGUCCCCGGGAGAGGAGGGGAAGUGCCCUUCGUCUGCCUGAGCCUUCUAGCCCCCCUGGCCCUCCUCGACAAAGGCAUACUACCUUCCUGGUCAGAAGUGAAAGAGGCCUGGGCUUCAGCAUUGCUGGUGGCAAAGGCUCCACACCCUACCGAGCAGGAGAUGGGGGAAUCUUCAUCUCAAGGAUUGCUGAAGGUGGGGCUGCCCACCGGGCAGGCACAUUGCAGGUUGGGGACCGAGUAAUCUCAAUCAAUGGGGUAGACAUGACAGAGGCCAGGCAUGACCAGGCAGUCGCACUGCUUACUGCUGCCUCCCCCACCAUCACGCUGCUGCUGGAACGAGAGGCUGAUGGGCCUCUUACCCCUGCCCCACCACUCAGCUCCCCUCUACCCCCCAGCCCUGUCAUGCCCAUGGCAGUUGGGGAGCCUGGGCCCCCUCCUAGCCUCAUGGCCACCACUGUAGAAGGACCAUAUCCUGUGGAGGAAAUUUGCCUGGUGAAGGCUGGUGGGCCUCUGGGACUGAGUAUUGUUGGAGGCUCUGACCAUUCGAGCCACCCAUUUGGGAUCCAGGAGCCCGGUGUGUUCAUCUCUAAGGUGCUUCCUCGGGGAUUGGCUGCUAGAAGUGGACUGCGUGUGGGUGAUCGAAUUCUGGCAGUGAAUGGGCAAGAUGUUCGAGGGGCUACACACCAGGAAGCUGUGAAUGCCUUGCUCAGCCCUACCCCUGAGUUGUGUCUGCUGGUGCGAAGGGAUCCUCCCCCACCAGGCAUGAAGGAGAUCUGCAUUGAAAAGGCCCCUGGGGAGAAGCUGGGGAUCAGCAUACGAGGUGGGGCCAAAGGUCAUGCUGGGAACCCCUUUGAUCCCACUGAUGAAGGUGUCUUCAUCUCCAAGGUGAGCCCAGCAGGUGCUGCUGGGCGAGAUGGCCGUCUUCGAGUGGGGAUGCGGCUUCUCGAGGUGAAUCAGCAGAGCCUGUUGGGCCUGACGCACACUGAGGCGGUGCAGCUACUCCGUGGUGUCGGAGACACCCUCACAGUGCUCGUCUGUGAUGGCUUUGACCCUGUCGCUGCCGCAGCCCUUGAGAUGUCCCCAGGUGUCAUUGCCAACCCCUUUGCUGCUGGUAUUGGGCGCAAAAACAGCCUGGAGAGUAUCUCAUCCAUUGACCGAGAUGUGAGCCCUGAAGACCUGGACAAGACUCUUAGUCCAGAACCUCUGAGGCUGGAUUACCGAACCCUGGCUGCUUUGCCUGGGAGCAGCAGUAUCCAGAGAAUCAAUUCUAGGGUUUCUCCAGGGGCCAUAGGAAACCCUCUUGAUGCCCCCCGUUCUCCUAGUAGCCAACAGGCCUCCAUCAGCUUCCUGCCCUCCCAGGAGGAGCACAAAUCUACUAAACCUGGGGUAAUCCAACCUCGGCCUUGGCCAGUGGGAUCCACUGCAUCUGGCGGUAGAGACAGCCCUAACCCCUUCCAGUCUUCACCCUUGCCCCGGGCCUACAGCCCCAGCUCCCCUCGUACCUAUCCUCCAUCCCCACCCUCCCCCAGUAAAUUCCCUGUCAAUGUUAAGCAGGCCUACAGGACUUUCGCAGCUGUGCCCCCCCCUCACCCUCUGACAGAGGCUCAGGUGGUAUCUCCUGGUAGUGCUGCCAGCCCAGAACAGUUGUCUUUCCGUGAGAGACAGAAAUACUUUGAGCUGGAGGUGAGGCCUCCCCAGGCUGAUGGUCCACCAAAGAGGGUAUCCCUGGUUGGUGAGGAUGACCUGAAGAAAAUGAAAGAAGAAGAAGCGCGGAAGCUACAGCAGAAACGGGCCCUACUUCUUCAGGAAGAGGAAGAAGAGGAGGCAGAGGAAGUUGUAGCAACUGCCCCUGCCCCUGCCCAAGUGGAGGGUCUGGAGUCCCUGGGAGAACAAAAGAGCUGCCUCCCUCAAACUGAGCCCCCCAAUUCCCAGAGGAACUCACUGGAAGAAGGUUCCCAACAAGAGCCACGGCCCAACUGCCCAACUAGGCUGAGCCCCAUGUCAUUGGGGGGCGGGGAAUUGGGCGCCCCAGUCCGGACAGCUAAGGCUGAGCGACGGCAGCAGGAACGGUUGCGCAUGCAGAGUCCAGAACUCCUGAGUGGGCCUGAACGGGAGCUAUCCCCAGCUGAACGACGAGCUCUGGAGGCAGAGAAGAGGGCACUCUGGCGGGCAGCCAGGAUGAAGUCCCUGGAACAGGAUGCCCUACGAGCCCAGAUGGUCAUCGCUAAAUCUCAAGAAGGAAGGGGAAAACGGAGCCCCCUUGGCCAGCUAACAGAGGCCCCCUCACCUGCACCCACUCCCUCACCAACGCCACUUGAAGAUCUUAGCCCCAGGAUCGUCACCUCCCCUGGCAGGCUGUCCUUGUCUGAAAAGAAGUUUGACUACCGGGAAUUUGCUGCUCUUCCUUCUUCCAGGCCUGUGUAUGACAUCCAGUCUCCAGAUUUGCCAGAAGAGCUGAAAUACUUGGAAGACAGCCUCAGUCCUGGCCUCCAGGAAGAGGAUGGAGAGGUAGAGCAAGUGUUGCUGGGCCCCCCUGGACCCAGUCCUACAGCCCUGGAGGAAGUAACUCUCUGCAGCACCCGUCGGAAACUUCGGCAUGAACGACGUGGCCUGGACCCUGUGCCCUCCUAGUCUCCUAAAGGGGAGAAGGAAUAGGGGAGGGCCUUGGACCCUGUGUCCUCUUAGGCCCUCCAAAAAGGGGAGAGGAACCUGAACCCGUGCCCUCCUAAAACCCCAAGAGGUUUGAGGGGAGUGGCGGGGACCUCUUGGCCCCAUAAACUCAGCUGGAGUAGGGGGAAGGAAAGGGUCUAGAUCCCAUGCUUUCCUAGACUCCCAGGGCACAGUUUCUUCCCCCAUCCCCAUCGAAGGAGCUUAUAGAUGUUGGGAAGUUUGUAAAUUGUGUCUGGGGAAUGAGAGAGCAAAAGUCUGUACCCUGACACCAGCCACACUGUGCUGGCCCCUUCCUCAGUGUCUGAUCUGGUGUGUAAGGGAACCAGCCAAUGGUAGGGUCACAGUUGAUGCUGCCUUGUCUGGGCUCCAUGUUUGACCCCCUGGGGUAGGGAUGAGCAGGUUCAGCUCCCAGCCUCAGACCCUUCUGGAUUCCCUUCUCCCCCAGCUGUGGCUAUUCCUUUGAGCUGAAUCAAUGGUGACCUCCUAUCCCCAUGAAACUGGAUCAUUUUAAUGGGAUUUUGGUUUCCCUUUGAUUGGGGGUGGUGGCGGGGCAGGCAUUUAUCGCAAAUCAUUGUUCCUUGCUCCCCCUCCCCAUUCCCCUCAUCCUUGGGAGUUUUUUCUAACUCGGUUUUAGCAUUUUAACUCAAACUGUUGGGAGCCCCCUGGCUCAGCUUCAGUAACUAACUUGUGUCUUCCCUUACCACCCCCUUCACCCCCCCCCAAAAAAACCACCUGGUACUGGGCGUGUCACACGCCAGGGAAGCUAGCAUCAAGACUGUAACUAGUGACAUUUGUACAACCAAAGAAAUCUAUUUUGUGGUUUAAGGAUAAUAAAGUUUACUUUACAUUUUA